AUGCUACAGGAAUUAAACUAUGAUCGUCAAGCCUUGGGUAUAGAAGCUACAAAGUUGGUAAAAUCUCUUAACUCUGAGCAAAAACAUGUCUUUGACAAUGUCAUGUCAUCAGUUUACUCCCCCUAUGGUGGUUUUUUCUUUGUCUAUGGUUACGGGGGAACUGGAAAGACUUUCUUAUGGAAUGCUUUGUCUUCAUCACUUCGUGCGAAAGGAGAGAUUGUCCUAACUAUUGCAUCAAGUGGCAUUGCUGCUACUUUAUUGCCUUCUGGAAGGACAGCGCAUUCCAGGUUUGCCAUUCCUAUCCAAAUAACAGAGGAUUCUGUUUGUUGUAUUAAACAAAACUCUCCCUUGGCACGUUUAAUUCAAUGCACUAGAUUGAUUAUUUGGGAUGAGGCACCAAUGGUUCAACGGUAUUGCAUAGAAGCUUUUGAUAGGACAUUAAAGGAUAUUAUGCAUUCAAAUGAUACUUUUGGUGGAAAGUGUAUUCUUAUGGGUGGCGAUUUCCGUCAAAUACUUCCUGUCAUACCUAAAGGAACAAGAGCAACCAUUGUUAAUGCAUGUAUUAGUUCUUCACCUUUAUGGGAUCAUUGCAAAAUAUAUAAACUAACAAAGAAUAUGCGGUUAUCAUCAUCUUCUAUGAAUACCGAUAGCAAUGCUUUGGAAAAAUUUAGCAACUGGUUGUUAGACGUAGGUGAUGGGAAACUGGGACAACCACAUGAUGGUACAACAAAUAUUGAUAUUCCUCACAAUUUGCUUAUCUGUAAUUCAAAAGAUCCUAUGAAUGCCAUCGUGUCUUCCACUUAUCCAAAUUUACUUAUCAAUUUUGAAGACAUAGCAUACUUUAACGAUAGAGCAAUUCUAGCUCCAACUAUUGAAAGUGUGAGUGAAGUUAAUAACUAUAUGUGUUCGUUGCUACCUGGUGAAGCAAUGGAAUAUUUUAGUUCUGACUCUGUAUGCAAGUCUACAGAAGACAACGAUUCAUUUGAUGAUUUGUAUACAACUGAGUUUCUCAACACAAUUAAUUGCUCUGGAUUACCACCACAUAUUCUUUCUUUGAAGGUUGGAGCACCUAUAAUGCUAUUGAGGAAUAUUGACCAAGCGUCUGGUCUAUGCAAUGGUACACGGUUGUGCAUUACUCGGCUAGGGAAAAAUGUUAUUGAGGGCAUAACAUUGAAUGGUUUAAGGCAACAUCAAAAAGUUUUAAUUCAUAGGAUGGACAUGAAUCCAUCAAAAAGUAGAUGGCCAUUUCGCAUGCGACGAAGACAAUUCCCAGUGAUUCUAUCAUUUGCAAUGACUAUAAAUAAAUCCCAAGGUCAAUCAUUGCGUCAUGUUGGGUUAUACCUAACUAAACCAGUUUUCACUCAUGGACAAUUAUAUGUGGCAUUGUCAAGGGUAAAAAGCAUUGAUGGACUCAAGAUUUUAUUACAUGAUGAAGAAAAGGUUGGAUCAACAACAACAAAAAAUGUGGUGUAUACAGAAAUCUUUAAAAACUUGGGAGAUUAG